AUGGCAGACAAUCAGUCAGAGGUUGCCUUGUUGUUUAAAAAGAAUAAGCUCUCACUUGAGGCACGACGGGUUUCCAACAUUGUAGAAAAAUGCAUCAAUGAAGUUGAGGCAGCGGCAGCUCUGCCCUGCAUCCAUCGGAUUUAUGCCAGUUCCAAUGUCGUGGACAGUGACUUGAGCAAGGCCCUUGAGGCACAUCAAUUAUUAAAAGAAAAACUAGAGAAAAAUGACUCUCUCAAACAAGAAUCCGCUGAGCUUCAUGGAGCAAAAGGAGAAGACGCAAGGAAAACGCAUUCUGCUCAGCUUGAAAAGGACAUCAAAAGGUCCGUCAGAAAUGUGAUCAGAUGUUUCCGAGCCAAUCCAAAUGCCCUGGUCAGCAUUAAAGCAGCACUAGAUGUGGAAUUGGGGGAGAGUGAGUCCAACUUAAUCAAAACCCUUCAGAUGUUUCACAACCACACGAUAGAAAGGCUUUUCCGUUUGGAUGAAGAGCCACAGCCGUCUUCACCCUCUUUUAGAAAUGUGGAGAAUUUGAUUUUACAUGAAAAACAAUCACUUACACACCUGAAGGAGAAAAAUGAAUGGUUAACACUGCAGAUUUCUGAGAGGGAGAGGGAGAUCAGACAUUUGGAGAAGGAUUUGGGCAAUAUUCGAGAAGAGAAUUUGCCAGCUCUGCAGGAUAAACAGGCCCAGCAGAAUAUGAAGAUAUUAAGCACAAAGCUUAGCAGCUUACAGAAAGAAGCUGAUGAACUGAGCCUUCAGCUCAACAGUUUGAUGCUUGAAAACAAGCAGGCAGAAAGAGUUCUCCAGGAGAAAAAUAAAAUGUUGGAGACGGAAAUUGAAAACUUAAUCCAAACAUUUGAUGGUCAAAUGGAAGAAAUCGAGGCCAAGCUGGAGCUGAACGAAAGGGAAUAUGAGAAGGAACAGGAGGAGGUAAAGAAGCUGGAGGAACUUUUCCCUGCCUUAGAGAGAGACUGCAACAAGAUCCAGGAGAAGCGGCGUCUGGCGGAGGAGAAAAGAAUACGGGAGACGAGGGAGCUGGAGUUAAAGACCAAAGCUGCUAUUGUCAUCCAAGCCUGGUGGAGAGGUUACAGUAUUCGUAAGACUUUAAAAAACAAGGGCAAGAAAAAAAAGGGCAAAAAAGGAAAAGGCAAGAGGAAAAAGUAA